CAUCUGAAGCUCCCAAAACAGAAUUCAAUACGAAAUCAGGGGGCGCAAUCACAUCCACCAAAGCAACGGCGUCAUUUUUCAAUUCAGAGCAAAUUUUUAAAAUAGCUUCUUGUAUAAGUGUAGCUGCUAAAGGUCCCACUGCGAAUCCUCCUUGAUAUAAUGAAGACAAAUGGUACUUUUCUAAUGAAAAAAGCCCAUAUAAAGCGAAUAUUUUUACAAGUACGUUUUUAAGCUCGACUUCUUGGGCUUCUGCUAUUUUUUCCAGCAUAGUUUGUAGCAUAAAAUGCUGAAUGAACGCUAUUGAAAGAUUUUUAGCGUUGAACACUUGACUGUCGUUUUUGGCCCAGAAUUGAGUUUUGCUUUUGUGCAAUUCCUGGUCUAGUUUGUUCGAUGAUUUUUGCAUGAGGUGGCAUAUCAACCAUUGAUAAAUUACAAGAAUGCCUACAAAAAAAAAAUAUAGAUUUUAAAUUAUAUUUAUUAUACAGGGUGUCCAGAAUAACUUGAAGUAUAUGGAGAUUUUGGAAACCAUUGAAAAUACAGGGUGGACACCCUAUAUCUUCAAUGGUUUCCAAAAUCUCCAUGUACUUCAAGUUCUUCCAGACACUCUGUAUAUAAGCAAAAAUAUGCUUCGAAAGGGUGUUUAUUUGUACUUGCUCUACCUUGCUCGAAAAUCUGCUGCUAUUUAAGAGCUUUUAAUAGGAACAAGUAAACUGUUGAGAUCUGCUCGAAGCAAUGAAAGCAGUACAAAUGAACACCCUGUAUAUUACUUUCUGGUCUACAAAUUUCCUCGAUAUUUUUGGCGGGAAAUUUCGAGUUGAGCAAAAUGUCCAUUCCGUUCGUCAAAAAGUCGGCAGAUUUCAUUGGGGUCGAAAUUUUUUGCCUUUUCACUACCAGUGGCCACAUUUUCAGCAACCAAUUGCUGGUUUGCUGGAUCAAAAUGUGAUUUUCGCCUUCGUAGGUCAUGUUUGCGUCAUGGUCGUUUCGAAUAUCACCGAUUCCAGCAGCUAGAACCAAGAGAAUGUGGAAUAAUAAUUGGAGAAAACGAUAGCUUGCAAUAAAGUUCGAAUUGCUCUAACCAAGCUUUCCGAAAACGCUACCCAACAUAACCUCAAACGUUACACCACACAGCUGACAUUAACGAUAACCUCACAAUUUUUCUUGUUUUUGUUUAGAUUUUGUGUAGUGUGGUUGUUCUUGUAAACAUUGAUUUCAUUUGCCCCAAAUUUCCAGUUUUUAGAUUGGUUCCCAAAAUGAUAUACUCUGUAAACCUGGAUCCGACAACCCAAACAAGCCUAAAAAUGCAACUUUUCAACAACGUUACAAACACUGCAGAGCUUCGCAGCAAAAUCAUGACUGGGGAGCUGAAGUGUUGCAUUGUGAAACCACAACUAGUCUACGACCCUCUACAAGUUGUUGUAGCUGCCAACAAGGCACUGACCAGCAAGAAACAAACGACCAAAAGCAUUUUUACUGAAUUGUUAUUUAAUUUAAGCCCUUCUUCAAAUAUUAGCCAGAGCUUGUUGAAGUUUGGCAUUCACGAUAAAGAUCAAAGCCUUUUAGUUGUUAUUUUAGAAAAAACUACUGAUAAUUUUGAAGAUAUAUUCAGUUUAGUUCAAGGCGAUGUUUUAGAUAUAUCUCACUUGAAUCAGCUAAAUGAUAUAAAAGCAAUAAGAAAAAUGUAUAAAAUUACCGACAAGGAAUUUAAUAGUGUAGAUAUUUUAGAUUCCAUUGUUAGUAGAAUAGCAACAAAAGAAUAAACUUGCCUUUCAAAUAUCCGUGUCCUCCGCAAGCCUCCCUACUCUCCUGUAUAGCUUCUUUCAUAGUCCAACCAGCAAUAGGUUUAGAAGCUGAAGAUACAGCGUGCAAUUCCAUACCCCAAUCUGGUAAAUUUGCUGUAUCAUUACCCAAUACGGAAGCAAUUGAAAAUUGAUAUUGAAGCUCAGAUAGUCUUGUGGAAAAUAUUCUUA